UCUGAGAUUAUUCCCGUUCUCUGCAUUUUUGUUGCUUGGUCUUGUUUUCAUAAAGCACCACCACCCAUUUACUAAAUUGCUCAAUAUAGAAUUACUGACAAUUAAACAUAAGAGGAUACCUUUGCCUUCGUCUGUACUUCUUCGUGACGCUUUCUCGCUGUUGCAGUUCUUGUUUUUGGAAGCGAAUCUGUUUUGUAACUAAAUGCUUUUCCUGUUGGUACUAAAAUCAACAAUCUGUGAAAUCAACGGGUUUAAGCUGCUGAGAAUUCUUUAAUUUCGUUUAAACAUCUCCGCCUUUCAACUGUAUAUCUGUUAAUUUGACCUUUGGGACGUUAAUUCACUUCUCAAUUUUCCGCGGUAGACAAAACCCUUUAACAAAUCUUAAAACUUAUUAUUUUAGCCCGAAUUACCUUCACUGCUAGACCUUAUCAAUGUUUCUGUUCGUAAGGCUCUCCCGGUCUCGUUCCGCUCACGUUCGUUUUAACAAAUGUGUUUCUGAACUACGGUCAUUUUCCUCUUCCACCGCUUUACAUACCAGGUUUCCUUAUGCUAUGAAUUAUCGUUCUUCCGCUCUUCAUGCCCCUUCAAAUUUGAUUGCUGCUAAAGCGAUUCCCUCACUAUCCCAGUUUUCUGCUGCUAAACGAUUAUUCUCACAUAGUUCAUUCCUGCAUAACCAACCUAUUCAGCCCAAUCGAGGUACACAGUCUGGUCCCGAACCGAAUAAGAAAGGCAAUAAUUCGGACAGUACGGAUCCUAAUGAUCCCAACAAGGAUGAUCCAAGAAAAACUUACGAAAUUGCUCUCAAUGGAAACUCGUUGAUCGGCUCUAUGAUUGUUUUUUACAUCUUGUAUAACCUCUUAUCGCCAAACGCCAAUGUUCAGGAAAUUACUUGGCAGGAGUUCCGACAAUCAUUCCUUGAGAAAAAGCUUGUUGAGAAACUUGUCGUCAUUAAUCGCAACCGCGUCCGUGUCGUACUACGGUCUGGUGCAGGAGGUACUCGAGGACACUAUGUAUUCUCUAUCGGCUCUGUCGAUGCAUUUGAAAGGAAACUCGACGAAGCACAAAAGGAGCUUGGCUUUUCACCUGACGAUUAUGUCCCUGUGGCUUACCAUGAUGAAAUAUCGCUACUCGCUACGCUGUUGUCUUUUGCCCCAACCCUGCUUCUCAUUGGAAGUGUCAUUUGGUUGUCGCGGCGAGCAAGUAGUGCAGCCGGUAGUACACAAGGCGGAAUCUUCGGUAUAGGAAAGAGUCGUGCCAAGAUGUUCAGUCAUGAAACUGAUAUCAAGGUUCGUUUCGCUGACGUCGCUGGUGUUGAUGAAGCCAAAGAAGAGAUUAUGGAGUUUGUCAAGUUUUUGAAGAAUCCAGCAUUCUAUGAACGUCUUGGAGCCAAAAUUCCUCGCGGCGCUAUUCUUUCUGGUCCACCUGGUACCGGUAAAACAUUGUUGGCGAAGGCUACGGCUGGUGAAGCAAGUGUUCCGUUCUUUAGUGUUUCAGGAUCUGAAUUCUUGGAAAUGUUUGUGGGUGUUGGCCCGUCCCGUGUCCGUGAUCUUUUCGCCGUUGCUCGUCGUAAUACUCCAUGCAUCAUAUUUAUCGACGAAAUUGAUGCUAUUGGUAAGGCUAGAGGUCGCAAUAAUCAAUUUGGUGGAAAUGAUGAACGUGAAAGUACACUUAAUCAACUCUUGGUUGAGAUGGAUGGAUUCAAUCCUAGUGAGCAUGUCGUUGUCUUUGCAGGAACAAACCGUGCGGACGUUUUGGACCCUGCGCUUUUACGUCCAGGCCGUUUCGAUCGCCAAAUUAUCAUCGACCGUCCUGAUAUCCACGGACGUGAGCAAAUUUUUAAUGUUCAUUUGCGUGAUAUUGUCACGGCCAGCAACAAACAAGACUUGGCCAAAAGCCUGUCGAUCUUGACUUCAGGCUUCACCGGUGCUGAUAUUUCCAAUGUUUGUAACGAGGGUGCCCUUAUCGCUGCCCGUCAAAGUGCUGCUGCUGUCACUUUGGAACAUUUUGAGCAGGCUAUUGAGCGCGUCACUGCUGGUUUGGAAAAAAAGAGUCGUGUACUGAGCCCAGAUGAAAAGAAUGUUGUCGCACACCACGAAGCUGGACACGCAGUUGCCGGAUGGUUUAUGGAGCAUGUUGAUCCCUUACUUAAGGUUUCGAUUAUUCCACGAGCUCAGGCACUCGGUUAUGCGAGUUAUCUUCCAAAAGACCAAUACUUGAUGAGCCGUGCUCAGGUUUUCGACCGUAUCAGUAUGGCCCUGGCUGGUCGGGUUUCAGAAGAAAUCUUUUUUGGCCGGGACAAAAUCACAUCUGGCGGAGCGGAUGACUUUCAAAAAGUGACACAAAUGGCAACUGCCUAUGUUACUGCUUACGGCAUGUCUCAAAACAUUGGUACAAUAUAUUAUCCGGUGGAAAGUCGGGAGACUUUUCAGAAACCGUACUCUGAAGAGACGGCACGAUUAAUUGACGAGGAAGUGAGAAGUUUAGUAAAGAGUGCACAUGAAAGAACACGCAAAUUGCUUGAAGAGCAUCGCACGGGUUUGGAAAAAAUUGCUGCACGUCUCAAGCAAAAGGAGGUUAUAACUUAUACCGAAGUCGAAAAGAUUCUUGGGCCUCGUCCAUACGGCGACAAGCAUAUGAACAUUUCUGAAAUUAUGCGCAAGCAUAAGAGCCCUUAGAAAUUCUUUACUCUUUGAUCAUUUUUGCCUCCAGUUAUUAUGAUAAUGAUGAGUUGUCCACGUGUAUAUUUCAGUAAUUGCUACAGGAUCCCAUUAUGUCUUCCCCAAAAAAGUAGUGUGUUAUGUCCUUCUCCGUCAACUGUCGUGAAUUACUUAGAAGCAGCCUGUUGUAUGUCCAUUCAUUAAAAUAAAUUCGU